GUCUUUCCGGAUGUAUAUCGACGUUAUUACACGAUGGCAUUAUGAAUCCUGCCGAAGUUGUGAAGCAGAGGAUGCAGAUGUUGAAUUCACCAUACAAAUCCGUGAUGCAUUGUCUGAUGAAGGUGUACCAUACGGAGGGACCGAGGGCGUUCUACCGGUCUUACUCCACCCAACUGACGAUGAACGUGCCGUUCCAGAGCAUCCACUUCAUGGUGUACGAAUUCGCGCAGAAGGUGACCAACAAGGAGCACAAGUACAAUCCGACGGCUCACAUGACCAGCGGUGCCUUGGCAGGUGCCGUGGCCUCAGCAAUCACCACACCGUUGGACGUCUGCAAGACGUUGCUCAACACCCAGCAAGUCGGUAGCAUAAAAGGCAUGAGGAAUGCCAUGAAAACAGUCUAUAGGUUAGGCGGUUUUGCCGGCUUCUUCAGGGGAAUGCAGGCACGCAUCAUGUACCAGAUGCCUGCAACUGCGAUCUGCUGGUCGACGUACGAGUUCUUCAAGUACAUCCUUGGAAACGCGCGCUUGGAGGAGGUCAGACUGGUCGUUCCUCCAAGCACGGUCUUCGCCGAGGACGACGGAAGCGUUGGUAGCAACAUGAGCAGGGAUUCAGAGAAGCAGCAGCAAUCUCUGACCCCCUCGACCGAGAAGAUCAACCUGAAGGCCCGAGAGAUCCCGGCGAUGUCCGGCGCCGGCCUGUACGGUUCCCUGUCCUUCAACACCAUGCAUACCUCGGCCGAUUCCAGUUUUAACAGGAGGAAAGACUCCACGAUACUCGACAUCACUCACACCUAGUUGCGAGUCAGAAGUAUUACCUAGUUAACACACCCCCGAAGCGAAGCAAAGCAAAAAUAUAAUUGUUUUACCAAUAACGAAAUAUCCAUCCUACGGUCACCCUUUGAAUACACACGCAAACACCUUUCACAACGUUCUUUCCACCCCCGAAUUUAAUGAGAACACACAACAACCACAAUCAUAAAAUCGUCAUCCGUUUUAGAUCAACAAAACAAAAAGAAAUAAGCAGUCGAAUAUUAAUUUAUUGGAAAUUUUUUGAGAUGUUUGUAGAAAAGUUCGAAUCUCUUGCUUUCGUCGUCUUAGGCCUCCACCGUGAAAAUUUCAGUUUAAAAAAGAAAUUAAUGUU